AGUGUAGCCCAGUCCUACCUACUCCAAGUCUCCACUCUCCAGUCAGCACUGAGCGGUCUCUCUUGACGGGACUCCCGAAGUUAAGAUCCCAAACCUUGCAGUUAUAUUAUCAAUCCCUAACCUCUCUCCCUGAUUUAGCAACCCUCUCUCCCUCUCUUCACUAGAUUUAUAAUGUCAGAUAACGAGAUUAAGGAAAGACGAGAACGUGAUGUGGAUUCAGACUCCUCUGAGGACGAGGGUCCUCGUGACCUCGCCGAGGACAGGGAUGAGGGUAUAGAGGACAGCUCCCCAGAGGACAAUGUUGAGGACAGCAUAGCAACCUCCUCUUCCUCCUCCGGUCCUAAGGUUCAUGCAGCUGUUGCCAAGGAUGAUACUGAUGAUAGUGAAGGAGAGAACGAUGAUGAAGAUGAAAUAAAACAAAAGAAUCUACCAAGGGAACACGAAAAGGAGGAGAUGAAGCAGGCUGAGAGCUCGGAAUCUGAGGAUGAGAAAGAGGAUGAGAAGGAAGAGGAUGAGGAUGAAGAGGAUGAUGAUGAGGAGGUCGCUGAAGAGGUUGCUAAGGUUGACGCUGAGCGUAGAUCCGCCUCUCCAGUCCGCUCCCCUUCCCCCGAGGCCCCCGCAAUCCGUUCUCCAUCCCCAGCCCCCGAGGACAGAUCUAGAUCAGCCUCCCCAGCCCCCGAGGACAGAUCUAGAUCAGCCUCCCCUGAGAGGAAAAGCAGCCAUGGCUCCUCGUCCUACGACGAACGUGCGUCCUCGAUGUCUCCUGAACCCGCCCAACCUAUCUCUACUCCGCAUACUAAGGUUGUAUCUCCUAGUUCUAGUCAAACCAAGGAUAUUACCAAGAUUUACACUGAGGCUCUUCAUCCUGACUCAUCCAACGGUUUUAAUCCAGAAAAGAUCGGUCGGAGUAAACCUGUUGGAGAUAUAACCCAGAUCUACACUGCUAGUCUACACAAGGAGAAUCAGAGUCCUAAACUAGAGAGAGCUAGAGGAGGGAAACCAGUCAAGGAUAUUACACAGCUCUAUACAGCAGCAUUUCUUAAUAAAUCAGAACCUGGAGCUGAGAUAUCUUCUCCAAACCGUCCCAGGAGAAAUGAUAAUAUUACUAAGCUCUAUACUGGAGCUUUUGAUGGUAGUGCGAAUAACUUCAAGUCUAAACCUAACGAUGAAAUCACCAAUCCUAAAAAGCACAACAUGGCGACUUCAUUGGACCGUGACGCGAUCCGAGAUGCGUACACCCAGGUCAUGGAGGACAACAAUGGCGUAGAGUGGGCUGCAUUUAAGUUUGAUUCUGAGAAUAUGUUGAGUGUGAGUGGGACUGGAUCUGAGUUCUCUGAGUUUAAAUCUCAGUUUGGAUCAGAUGACAGGGGGUUCGGAUAUAUCAAGAUCCAGACCGGAGAUGAGAUGUCUAAAAGGUCCCGGUUCCUCCUGGUCACCUGGGUUGGGAACAACGUCUCCGUCAUGAAGAAAGCCAAGAUGUCCACAGACAAACUACUCGUUAAGGAGAUUAUUCAGGUUAGUAGAUCAUGGAGAGAUGGAUGGAUGGAUCUAUUGAUAGAUAGAUGAAUGUAUGAUGGGAUG